AUGGAAAAGUACAUUCCUCAGUUCAAGAACCUCAUCUUUGACCAGCUGGUCACUAACAAGGGCAAACUCAGCUACUGCGUGCGUUGGGACAAUGACAAGAAGCUGGAGAAGGCCGUGGCAACCAAGUUCCAGGCCAUACUCGAGAAGCAAAUUAAUCUCUGGAACCGCUGGCUCGUUGGCUACCAAUGCUGGCCCAUUGAGAAGAUCGAAGUCUCCAUCGUGGCCUACGCUGUAAAGGACAAGUCCAUAAUGGACUGGACGGAUGACUCACUCGGCACCAUCUACGAGGGGAUCUUGGAUGCCGAAGGAAGCCCCAAGUGCCCCGAUGAGUGCUACAAGCACCUGAACCAGGCUGCUAGUGCCGACACGAGUGCGUGUAAGAGCGAGCCUUUCGAUAUGUCCUUCUGGCCGUCGACGAAGCCCGGCGACGGUGCAAUUGGAACAGGCGGGGACUGGGGCCAGCGUGUUGAAGUGAAUGACAUGCUCAACACCAUGGAUGGCGAGGAAAUGCUGGUGCUGUUGCACGAGAUUGGCCACGGAUUCGGAUUACCAGAGAUGUAUGUGGAUAAGAACAAACCCGCAGACUACCCGGCAUGUGUGAUGGAUAAUAGUGCAACCCUCACGGACGGCGACGGCUGGCUGCUUCGUAGUGUCCUGGAACACAUCAAGUCUCGCUAUAACUUUUAG